AACCAUUAUCAAGAAUGACUCGCUCAUUCAACACGACCAUCGGAUCCGAUUCAAACCCAAUUCCCCGCAAGACAAGACCACGACCUGUUUCUCAGUUUCUUAUUCCAGAUAAGCGUUUUCCGCCUCUACCGUUAGUCCUGUUCCGCCCCUCCCAAGCCUCUUACGAUCCCAUCACUCAAGAUCAGCAACAUUAGAUAUUGCGGGGGAAAUCAUGGGGAAGACAAGGGUGACGCGACAUACUUAAGUUCGCUGAUCGUCCCAUCUUUUCUGGCCAUUUCGAAAACAGAGACACAGCUUUUUAUUCCUCACAAUCAUCAUGACUUCUUAUUCCACUCCCCCAAAUGAGAAGGCCGAGGUCUUUGAGGCCGAGGCUGCUGGUAGAGGGCAGGUUGAUCGUAUUGAUGCUAUGGCUACGGCACCUGGUACAACCCUCGAGUCGUUUUCUCAUCUUGACGAGAAGAAGAUUCUUCGCAAGAUGGACAUGCGAUUGAUCCCCAUGCUCGCACUUCUUUACCUCCUCUCUUUUCUUGACCGAGGAAAUAUCGGAAACGCAAAGAUCGAGGGUCUUCAGGAAGAUCUCAAAAUGAGCCCGGACCAAUACAACUGGUGUCUCACCGUCUUCUUCUUCACAUACGCCGCCUUCGAAGUCCCGUCGAAUCUACUCCUCAAGAAACUCCGUCCAAGCGUUUGGCUUCCUACAAUCAUGGUUGCAUGGGGUAUUGUGAUGACACUCAUGGGCAUUGUUCAGAAUUACCAUGGUCUUCUCAUCGCGCGCAUCUUUCUUGGUGUCACUGAAGCUGGUCUCUUUCCUGGUGUCGCUUACUACCUUACAAUGUGGUAUUGUCGUCACGAAAUUCAAUUCCGACAGGCCCUCUUCUUCUCUGCAGCUUCUAUCGCCGGCGCAUUCAGCGGUCUUCUCGCCUUCGGUAUCGCAAAGAUGGACGGUGUUGGGGGUCUCGAAGGAUGGCGCUGGAUCUUCAUCCUCGAGGGAAUCGUUACCGUUCUUGUUGCCAUCUUUGCAUUCUGGGCGCUUUACGAUUUCCCCGAGACUGCAAGCUUCUUGACAGAAGAAGAACGCGCUUUCGUCGUAUUCAGACUCAAGUAUCAGGGCCAGCAGAAGGCUGCAGGGCAGAGUCAGUCUCGUGUUGCGCAGGCUGACGAGUUCAAGUGGGAAUAUGUCUGGGCCGCGUUUAAAGAUUGGCAGAUUUGGGUCAACAUCUUUGUUUACUGGGGUAUUGUCUGCCCACUAUACGGCAUUAGCCUUUUCUUGCCCACCAUCAUUCGCAACCUUGGCUACAGUUCCAGCAAGGCCCAGCUUAUGACUGUUCCUAUCUACAUCACUGCAGCUAUCCUAGCUGUGAUCGUCGCUUGGACAUCAGACCGAGUUGGCAAGAGAAGUCCAUUCAUCGUGUCUUUCCUCUGCGUCAUGGUUGUUGGCUUUACAAUGUGCAUUUCUACCCACAACCCCAAGGUCGUCUACGCCGGUGUCUUCAUCGCAGCAUGCGCCAUCUAUCCUGCGUUCCCUGGAGUUAUCACUUGGCUGGCCAAUAAUCUGUCAGGAAGUUACAAACGCAGCGUUGGAAUGGCCAUCCAGAUUGGAGUUGGAAAUCUCGGCGGUGCUAUGGCAUCAAACUUCUACCGACAAAAGGAUGGGCCUCGCUACAUUUUAGGUCACGCUUUGGAACUGGGUUUCAUUGGCGGAGGUAUCAUUGCAGCUCUCAUCUUGAUCUUCAGCUACAGCCGUAUCAACAAGAGCCGUGACAGGAGAAUGGCAGCUGGUGAACAUGAGACGAUCUCUGAGGAGGAACUUUCUGCCAAGGGAGAUAAGGCUGUAACCUGGCGAUAUAUGCACUAAAUGUACCUUAGAUGUUGAUUGAAUUACAUAAUGAGAUUGGGCUGUAUCGUAUUGAUUUCCUUCUCAACUGGUCGAUGCAUUUUUCCGCAGAAUAUAAUGGGUGGCCUGGGGAUAGCUACAGUGAAAACAGCCUCCAUUGCCGCCUUCAAGAUAAAGCCUUUCAUGAUAGGAAUGAAGACUAGAAAUCAACAGAGCCAAGUUAGUCUAGUCUAGUCUAGUCUCGUCACUUUCAAUGCGCGCCCUUGGUUCAACUUUGUAGCCCCACCUAACCCCGCCUCGU